GUGAGGAGCGGUGUCUGCAGCUCGCGGAGGGACUUGUCUUCAGUCUGACACCAUGUCCAGCAAGGACGACAUCCGCUACUGCCACAAAUGCUCUUAUGUUUUCCUCAAAUUCAUCCUGUUUUUCUAUGCCAUCGUGUGGUGGCUGAUAGGUGGCUGUAUCCUGGCCAUCGGCAUCUACGCCGAGGUGGAGAGGCAACGCUACAAGACACUGGAGGGGUUGUUUUUGGCCCCGGCUAUUAUCCUGAUCCUUCUGGGAAUCGUCAUGUUUAUUGUUUCAUUCAUAGGAGUUUUGGCUUCGCUAAGAGAUAAUCUAAUUCUGCUCAAAGUGUUUAUGUACACUCUGGCAGUGUGUCUGCUCCUGGAGCUGCUGGGAGGGAUUUUGGCAUUGCUCUUUCGUAACCAGACGGUGGAUUUACUGAAUAAGAACAUCAGAAGAGGUAUUGUAAACUACUAUGACGACCUGGAUUUCAAAAACAUCAUGGACUUUGUUCAGAAGAAGUUCAAGUGUUGUGGAGGUCAGGAGUUCAAAGACUGGUCCGUCAACAUGUACCACAACUGCACAGCACCUGGUCCAUUAGCUUGUGGUGUCCCUUAUACCUGCUGCAUUAUUACUAAGCCUAAUGAAGUAGCGAACACUCUGUGUGGGUACAAAGUGCUAGAAAAAGAGCGCUUGAAUUUGAUCGAUACCAUCUAUAUCAGAGGCUGCACUGAUGCUUUCUUCAUCUGGCUCAUGGACAACUACAAGAUUAUGGCUGGACUGCUAUUAGGAAUCCUACUGCCACAGUUCUUUGGUGUCAUCGUCAGCUGGCUGUAUAUCACCCGCGUUGAAGAUGCCAUCAGUGAGCACGGUCAUUACAUGGAUGGCCUACUGGCCUCGCACAGUCCGCAAAGACAAGCCAAGAGUCAUGGCCGUGUUACCAAAUGGUUCAAGUGCAUGCCAGACUACGACUAAUGAAGACAGCAAACAGACUCCACAGCCAUCCCUCGUGGCUGGUGAAAUCUCUCCAUUCAUUCCAGACUCUGCCAUAGCCGUGGUGGGAGUAUGCAGGUUUACUCCUGUUGCACUUCAUUCUGGAGAGAAACUGUUGAAUUUUGGCAGCUCGUCAACAAGAGCUGUUUUAUAGCAAAGUGCCUUUUGUUUCUGUGAUGCAGCAUCCAUUGUAUUACUAAUUAUUUAUGAUUGUACAGUGUUGUAGCUGCACUGUGCCUUAGGCAACCUCAGGGAUGAAGGCAGAUAUCUUCCAUUUAUAUCUGUUUUUAUUAUUACAGUUAUGUCACAAUUAUUUCAAUCUAUAACUCUAGGAUUUUUCUUUUUCAUAUUUGCAAUUACAGUGGUUCUUAUUCUGUCUCAUAAGCAAGUUCUCUUGUCCAUUUUAUUAUUGUUAAAACUUUAAAUGAAUUAUGAAUAUGAAUGAAUAUCUUCUUAAUAGAAAACAGGCUUGCUUUAUUUGUAUACAUAAAAUUAUAAACACUAUUUUCUUUUUCGAAGUGGCUGGUGACACAGACACACACACAAGGGUGCCUGUAGGUAAAAUCUGACAUUGAUAUAAAUCAGCCCCUGGGACAACGUUCAGAGUGCAGAUUUCAGACCACAGCACUCAAUACACAACUGACACAGAACUGAGAAGUCACAUGGCACACUGCUGCGUCUAACAUAUAGCUCCGCCCACCUUCUCCAGCCGCAGUCUCACUGACUGCAAAGAACGCCAUAAAACAUAUAGAGCAUUUAGAACAAUAAUUCCUAUUCUAUACUAUAUACUAUCACUAAUUUGUCGUUUCUUCCAUUAAUUGCCACAGUACUGUGGUAGCAAAAUGCACAAAAGAAUGCACUGAAAUAUACGCCAUAUAUCACCACAGUACAGUGGCAACAAGAGGCUAAUGAGCUUAUGGAACAGUAUCCAUGAUCGGCUGUAGUACAAAUGCUGACAUUUGAUUGGUUCUGUGGUAAUAGACAAAACCAUAUUUUGUGCCACACGACUGUGGCAGUAGCCAUUGCCUUUUUUUUUUUGUCUUUUGAUUUGGAAGGAUAAGAGGACUGCAAAUGGAAGGUGUGUAUUUUUAUUUGCAAAUUCUUGUUUUUGCCCUGAUUUUGGCUCUUGGGACUUUAUGAGGCAUUUAAAUCAGAAUCUGUACUUUUGGUUCCCCACACUGUAAAGUUAUUUAGUGUUUAGUAACCCUUCAUGAACUGAUUUGUAAUAGAUUUAUAAGAAGAUGUUCUCAGUAUUUUGCAUAUUUAUUUCAAAGAAUGCAUAAGAUGUAAACAAGUUUUCAGGGGUUUUAAGGUUAUGUUCACACUAUGGGAAAAAGUGGCCCAAAUAUGUUUUUUACACAUAUGUAACCUGUUUUUUAUGAUAGUGUGAACAUUAGAAAUCAUAUGGAAUUUGAUGUUUUCAUGUUUCCAUUUUCCUUAUGUAUACAGUCCUGAAUCUGAUCUUUUUCAUUGUGAUCUCAGUCUGAACAGUCAGAUCAGUACGCAUGCAACUUUUACGUCACAUUAGAUGUAGAUUUGUGACAAUUCUGCACUGGAUCAAGUCACUCAUAUUCUAUACAGACACUCAAAUGCAACAUGUAUAUGAGUGCAACAGUAAAAUGAAUCAUAUAUAUUAAUAGAGCACUGACAUAGACCACUUUAUGGCAAAAUAAAUAUUGGUAACACUUUUAUAUGUACCAGAGUAUUUCCACCAUUUGUGUCUGUACUUUCACUGAAUGCAGUAACCUGAAUACUCCACUGUUUUUGUGAAUGUUGUUCAAUUUUGGACCUUGACCUGUUCAUACUAGGACCUUUUAUUGGCUACAUUAAAAAAAUGAAUGAAUAAUGAGUAGCAAAACCAAAAAAAAAUCACUAACACCGGCAUUGUAAACAUACCUUCUGUCUUAUCUGCUUUAAUACACUCUGUUUAUUCUCAGUUACCUGAAAAAAUAUGAGUCAAAACGGAAGGAUAGAAAAUUCAGUUCUAGGGGGGAAAAAAAUCAGCAAAAAAAAAUGGCUAACUAUAAUUUACCUGGGAUAUAACUGAUAUAUGGAGUAAAUCAGUAUGGUUAAUAUUUUGCAGAUAUGCAGGUGAAAUUGUGACAAGUGAAUGUGAAUUUAAUUUGCAUUUUAAAUUUAAUGUGAUGUGUGUCACCAAGUUCAAUUGGGGUUUCUCUCUUCAUGUCUCUUUAUGAGGGCUCAUUGAUUUUUUUUUAAUAAUAUAGUUUUGUGUCUACGCCAUCUUUCUAUUUGGCCUUGUGUUAAAACAGCUGUAAUCCGUAAAGCUGUAUCUGCUGGUGGGUAGAAGGUUAAGGUUUUGUGUGUUUGUUGUGGAGGGUUUUUAAAUUAUGUGCCAUUGUUAUUACCUGUUUAUUCCCAAAGCCUGAAUUCCCACAGAAAGAGAUGUUCAGCGCUUGUUUUAUGGCAUGUUUUAUAUUUGAUGGUUUGGUAUUAAAGACAAACAUGAUUAUGC